AAAAAACUCACCAAACUCUUUCAUCACUCAUCGAACUGAUCGAAGCCCCAAUUCACAACUCGCGAUUCCUCUAUCUCUCGAUGGCUCCGACGAGAUCGCUUGCGGCGGCGGCGGUGGGGAUGGCACGGGCCCGAGCCAGGGCGGCCGUGGCGCGCGUACGUGGUGGCCAUGGUGGCGGGGAGAGCCGGUGGACGAGCGACGGCACGCAGGAACGGCCCAACGGGUACCUCCUCAACCGAACUCCACCACCGACGGGCGAGUCGCGCAAGUGGGAGGACUGGGAGCUUCCCUGCUAUAUAACCUCGUUCCUCACUAUUGUGAUCCUUGGCGUCGGCCUCAACGCUAAGCCUGAUCUCACCAUUGAGACGUGGGCGCACCAGAAGGCUCUUGAACGCCUCCAGCAGCAGCAGCAGCAGACGGUCGCCGCUGAUGCCGAGUGAGAUCGGCUUUGGACGAGGUUCGGUAUGGAUUUCGAUCAUCUUUGGAUUUUCAAUGAUCGAUUGUGUACUUUGAAUUUGGGAUUUGGUUAAUAAAUUUGCGCAACUUGUAAUUUUUAAAAUUUCUGAAUCUUUAGUUUGUUCAACUUGUGACUCUUUUCUUGCAUUUUAAAUCUUAUACCUAAGUUUCUAAUGCUA